AUGGAGAGUUCAGAAGCAAUUUCUCUACAUCACCAGUGGGAAAGCAACACUGAUGUGCUGUUACAAAGCCAGCGCUUUGCAACAAAAUUUUUGCCCAUAGACCAUGUUUACGGCACUUUGGGCAUCGUGGGAGCCACCACAACACAGGGCUAUUCUGAUGUCUCAAAACUGAGGGAAGAGAUCGAAGGACAGGGAUCAUUCACUUACUUCGCACCGAGUAACGACGCUUGGGACAAUUUGGAUUCUUUUCGUCCUCCAGCUCUCAUGAAGUACCACAUCUUAAACACGCUCCAGUGUUCUGAGGCUAUCAUGGGAGGAGCGGUCUUUGAGACUCUAGAAGGAAACACGAUUGAGAUAGGAUGUGAUGGCGACAGCAUAACAGUAAACGGAAUCAAAAUGGUGAACAAAAAAGAUAUUGUGACAAAUAACGGUGUGAUCCAUCUGAUCGAUCGGGUCCUAAUUCCUGAUUCUGCCAAACAAGUUAUUGAGCUGGCUGGAAAUCAGCAAACCACUUUCACAGACCUCGUGGCCCAGUUAGGCUUGGCAUCUGCUCUGAGGCCGGAUGGAGAAUACACUUUGCUGGCACCUGUGAAUAAUGCAUUUUCUGAUGAUACUCUAAGCAUGGAUCAGCGCCUUCUUAAAUUAAUUCUUCAGAAUCACAUAUUGAAAGUAAAAGUUGGCCUUAAUGAGCUUUACAAUGGACAAAAACUUGAGACCAUUGGAGGCAAACAGCUCAGAGUCUUCGUAUAUCGUACAGGAACUGGCAUCUUCCUCAGCCUCCUCGAAGCUGCAGAUUUGAAAGAGCUCCUGACACAGCCUGGAGAUUGGACCUUAUUUGUGCCAACCAAUGAUGCCUUUAAGGGAAUGACUACUGAAGAAAAGGAAAUUCUGGUUGGUUGUUUUUAUGUAAACAUCAUUCAUGUUCCACUUUCUAUACUUUCAGCAACUAAAAUUAUAACCAAAUUUGUGGAACCAAAAAUUAAAGUGAUUGAAGGCAGUCUUCAGCCUAUUAUCAAAACUGAAGGACCCACAAUAACAAAGGUCAAAAUUGAAGGUGAACCUGAACUGAGACUGAUUAAAGAAGGUGAAACUGUAACUGAAGUGAUCCACGGAGAGCCAAUUAUUAAAAAGUACACCAAAAUCAUUGAUGGAGUACCUGUGGAAAUAACAGAAAAAGAGACACGGGAAGAACGAAUCAUUACAGGUCCUGAAAUAAAAUACACUAGGAUUUCUACUGGAGGUGGAGAUACAGAAGAAACGCUCAAGAAAUUGUUACAAGAAGAGGUCACCAAGGUCACCAAAUUCAUUGAAGGUGGUGAUGGUCAUUUAUUUGAAGAUGAAGAUAUUAAAAGACUGCUUCAGGGAGACACACCUGUGAGGAAGAUACAAACCAACAAAAGAGUUCAAGGAUCUAGAAGACGAUCAAGGGAAAGUCGUUCUCAGUGAAAAUCCAAAAACCAGACCACAAAGUAUAAACAAUCCUAAGUCAAUAACCUGACCUUAAAAGAAAAUUAUGAGAGCCACGUUGACAUCAGGAACUGAUGAAACAUCAGCACAAGAAAGCAAUCAUCAAACAAUUCUGAACACGAAUUUAGUAUUUUUUUUUCUGAAUGAGGGGCUAGCCUCCUGUGGGAUAGGAACUGAAGGAAUCAUAUCACCUUAUAGGCUUUUUCAUCUUGAUAUUAAAAGUUCUGGCUAACUUUGGACUCCUUCAAAAAAAAAAAUCCUUGUCAUCGGAUUUAUUACAAUACAAAUCUAAGAGUGGUGAACUGUUAUCUCAUUGAAAGGAUUGAGCUUUGAAUGUAUGUAAUGGAUAAAUAAAAUGCAUGUAAACAGUUACCUCUCCAUGGGAAGCUAAGUUAUAAAAAUCGGUGCUCAGCAUAAAACAAACAAACAAAACCUUUUACAUCAAAAGGCUUUGCACAUUUCUAGACAAUGUGGGUUUACUGGUAAAUUAUGUUACUUUUACAACUAAUAUUGUACUCUUGAAAUGUUUGUCAUAUGCUUCUUGCAAUACAUUUUUUUUAUCUCAAACAUUUCAAUAAAACCAUUUUUCAGGUAUAAAGAGAAUUAUUUCACCGUGGGUAAUUCAGAAAACUCAAGGUUUAAGUUAAAAAGUGGUUUGGACUUGGGAACAGGACUUUAUACCUCUUAUUGUAACAAAUAUUCAUUAAAGGAAAUUGAAUGAAA